AUGGCCGAAACAAGCAAUAUUGCGCCCAUCAUCAACGUCGCCGCUGCCGGCUUCAGACUCUCUCUGCUCCUAAACGCCAUUAGUUCCGAGAUUUCGAACGCCGGACUCGAGGUCAAGAACGUCUCUAAGGGCGUCACAAUGUUCUCAAUGACGUUGAAGCAUACGGGCCAAGUUCUUCAGGCUAGGGACUCAGUGCACUCCCAAGAAGCUGUUGAGACAGCGAAGUCAAUAGCAGACGAAAGCACAAGGGUAUUUGACGAGAUCAAGGAUAUGUGGGUGCGUGCAAGUGCGCAAGACGCCAACAGCACCACUACCUCCCUUCAACAAAGAUUGAGACGGACUUUCAAGAAACACAGGGUUACAUAUCUGCUUGCACAACUCGAGAGUCUUCAGUUGAGUCUCUCAGUCAUGCUACAGGUUGUCCAGCUGGGGAAGGUGAUGGCGUCCACCUCACGAAGUGAUUCCCCAGAGGAGGUCUUGUUGAAGAAAGAAGCUAUCAGUCAAGAGCGCGCCGAGGCCCAGAAUGCUGUUAUUGUUCGCUACUGGCAGAUGAGUAACAUGGACAUGUUGUUCGAAGCUUCCCAGCGGGAAGAGCAAGAAGACGGCAAAUCAUGCACCGAUAAGGGGACCGCGGGAGUCAUUCAAUUAUCGGUGGUUCCCAUGAACAACAUUCCUCAGAACGUUGGCAGCGCCACUCCCGAAAACGCCACCUCGAGAGCCUUGGUGAGACUUCCAGUCUUUUCUCUCGGUGAGCUUGAUCACAUGUUACAUCAAAUCAGGGACUCUCCGCGAGAUAUGGUUCGGGUAUCCGACCGAGCAAUCGACCCACUACUCGAAAGAUGGACAAUUUGGCGUGAAGUACGAGAAAGGCGCCACAACCGUGACUCUGGUUCGAGGUAUGCCCCCUCGGUGCACAACCUCCAAGAAGACGAUGAGGAGACGGCUUUCCAUGAGCGACACCGAGAGUGGGAAGGCACCCCUCGCGGGUAUUACCUGGAAGGCACCACAACCGACUGGAGGAAGCCAAAUUCCGCAUCUGCACGUCAUGAAGCGUUCAAGCGACGGAAGCAGUACUCUGGAUACCAGCCGAGCGUGAGUGCGGCAAGCAGCGACGUGGAGGAUUCCCCAGGGGGAAGUAACAGUUCUAAAAAGCAAUACUCGUCGCGGCACGUUCUAGACUCGGGUUCAGAAUCGUCUGCCUCUGAAUCUGAAAUGGCUCAGCCCAAACCACGACGCAGGAGUAGCGGCAACCCAACUGCUGAAUGGAAAGCACAAAUCCCUGGCGGUGAAGCCGCAGCGGCACCCCAUUAUACGGCGCCGGUCCAGCCGCCGUCAUGGAUCACAGCUAAUGGUAUUGGUGGUGUCAAUCGCCCGCCAUCUGCUCAGCCCUCUGUGACUUCAGCCCAGUCAACCGCGUCCAGGUUGUCAUCUCCGGCGUACCAUCCGCCAGGCCAUCGUCCUUGGGCAACACCCGACCAGAAUCCAGCGCAUCACAGUGUCUCGUCCCCUCUAAUCCCGGCGCACAUGCCCAGCGGCCCAAGUUCAUUUGGCCCCCCGCAGGCUGUCAACUUCCCCCGUUACGGUGGUCAGAUGCUUCCACAGGGACAGGGACAGCAUUUUGGGUACCCACAACUCACUCCGUACACACCGCCUCCCUCUCAGACCCGAUACAUUUCUCAAUCUUCACCCCGCAUGGGCGUAGCACCACGACCAGUAUCUCAAGAUGGUAAAUCCGCAAGGUCUCCCUCCCGAUUAUCCCAACAAGGUCCCUCUAUGCGCACCCAUGAUGAGAAGAGACACUCAAGGGAGAAAUCAACCAAACAAAGUAUCCGCGAGAGUGCCACUAAAGGCCUUUUGGGGGCUGGAGCCAUUGCAGGCUUUCUAGAAGCAUUGGAGGGCUUGAGUCUUUGA